AUGGCCAACCCCAGAAUCGAGGAGCUCCCCGACGAGGAGACUCAGCGACCUACCGUUGAGGAGCAGGAGGACAGCAGCGACGAUUCCGAUGCUGAGGAUGGUGAGGCCAACCUGCCCGCUGGCUCUACCGCUGUAAUCCACAACCGCAACGAGAAGAAGGCUCGCAAGGCUAUUGAGAAGCUGCAUCUUACCCGUGUCCCUGGUAUCACCCGUGUCACUCUUCGACGCCCCAAGAACAUCCUCUUCGUCAUCAACAACCCCGAGGUUUACAAGUCCCCCAACAGCAACACCUACAUUGUUUUUGGUGAGGCUAAGAUCGAGGAUGUUAAUGCCACCGCUCAGCAGGCCGCUGCUGCUCAGAUGGCCGCCGCUAAUGCCGAGGCUGAGCACGCCGGCCACAACCACGGUGAGCCUAGCAAGGCUGUCGAAUCUGGCGAGGCUAAGAAGGACGAGGACGAGGACGACGGUGAGGAGGUCGAUGCUGAAGGUCUUGAGGAUAAGGAUAUUGAGCUUGUCAUGACCCAGGCCAACGUCAGUCGCAAGAAGGCCAUAAAAGCCCUGAAAGAGAAUGACAAUGAUAUUGUCAACUCCAUCAUGGCCUUGAGUAUCUAA